CUCAUGACUAAUUUCAUGGCUCCCUCUUUUCUCCUUCCUCUCCUUUGUCUCCUCACCACCGCCACCGUCACCGCCGUCGCCACCACCACCACCACCAUUACAAUCCCACUCACUCCUUUAGCAAUAAAGCACGCCUCUUCAGAUCCUCAUAAACUCCUCAACUCAUUAGCCAUUUCUUCACUUUCCAGAGCCCAACACCUCAAAUCGAAAUCACAAAUUAAAACCAAAACUAACUCUUCUUCUUCUAUUUCAACUCCUUUAACCGGUCACAGCUAUGGCGGCUACACCAUUUCUCUCAGCUUCGGCACUCCUCCUCAAACAACGACUCUUAUUUUCGACACCGGUAGUAGUCUCGUUUGGUUCCCAUGUACCGCCCAUUAUCUUUGUUCUCGCUGUUCUUUCCCCAACGUUAACCCAUCUCAUAUCUCUACUUUCAUUCCCAAAAAGUCUUCUACUUCGAAGAUUAUAGGCUGUAGCAAUCCGAAAUGUGCAUGGAUUUUCGGUUCAGAAGUUGCGGCCAGGUGCAAAAACUGUGACCCGAAUGACCAAGCAUGUUCCCAAACUUGUCCUCCUUAUAUUUUGCAAUACGGUUUAGGUUCUACAGCUGGAUUACUAUUGUCUGAAACUCUAGAAUUUCCCAACAAAAAACGACCCGAUUUCCUUGUCGGAUGCUCCAUUGUCUCAAACCGACAACCCGCCGGCAUUGGCGGGUUCGGUCGUGGGAAGGAAUCGUUGCCGUCUCAACUGGGUGUGGGUAAAUUCUCUUACUGUUUACUUUCUCGCAAAUUGGACGACACAUCGGUGAGUAGUAACCUGGUUUUGGAUACCGGGUCGGUUUCGGGUAAUUCAACCACUUCAAAUCUGAGAUACACACCGUUUCUGAAGAACCCAACAGGGGUUAAUUCUGCUUUUGGAGAAUACUAUUACGUGCUUUUACGAAAAGUCAUUGUUGGAAAUCGGCACGUGAAGGCUCCGUACCGGUUUUUGGUGCCCGGAUCCGACGGAAACGGAGGGACCAUUGUGGAUUCGGGUUCAACGUUCACUUUCAUGGAGAAACCCGUUUUUGAUGCGGUGGCAGAGGAAUUUAUAAAACAAGUGGGUAACGAUAGCAGAGCAUCAAAGGAGGAAAUUCAGUCCGGUGUAAGGCCAUGUUUCAAGAUUUCGGGCGAUAAAUCGGUUAAUAUUCCGAAAUUGACUUUCCAAUUUAAAGGUGGAUCAAAAAUGGCUUUACCAUUGGAGAAUUAUUUUGCAUAUUAUGGUAAUGAAAGCGUCAUUUGCUUGAUGAUUAUCACCGAUAAUGCGGUCGAACCCGGGUCCAGCAGCACCGGACCGGCGAUAAUUCUGGGGAGUUUUCAGCUACAGAAUUUUUACGUGGAGUUUAAUUUGGGUAAUGAAAAGUUCGGAUUCGCAAGAAAGAAAUGCUCAUGAAGUAUAGUUUUGACUGAACGUAAAUUGUUGUUGUAGUAACUCUUUUUGUUUUGUAAUAGGAUUUCUUUUAAAGCCAAAAGUGAUUGUUGUCAUGUGAAAAAUAAACGGUUACGUUUUAAUGGAAUACGAUAGGAUGAUGAUAAUGGUUGGUGAGAUUGAGUGGAGGGGAAUACAGAAGAGAGUGAUGGGUGAAAAUGGAAAGUGUGGUGAGUGUACUUAGUUGGGAUGCGAUUGUGAAGAUGAUGAGAUGAUGGGGACUUAUCUAAAAUUUUUAGUUAUUGUGUUGGGUUUAGAGGAAUCAUUAUCAAAGGAAAAUGUUUUUAUAUUGUAAUUAAGAGAGUUGUUAUGUUACUCGAUUCUCAAUUACUAAGCUAUU